AUGACGGGUGCAAAGACAGCAGAGCAUGCAAACUCGACCCUCUCCUUGUGGCGGAACCUACAGUCGAUCAAAAAGUCGCUCAAGCCUGUUGUGCUCGACGGAACAGCCCUUACGAUCCCCGAUGUCAUCGCAGUAGCCCGCCAUGCUGUCCAGCCUUCGAUAUCGAGAGACGAGGAGCUAGCAAAGCGUUUGCAGCGAAGCGUGGAGUGUCUAUCAGCGUACCUUGCCAAAGAGACGGUGGUGUAUGGUGUCAACACUGGAUUCGGCGGGAGCGCGGAUGUCAGGACGGACGACAUGCUCGACUUGCAGAUCGGACUGCUGCAACACCAGAAUUGCGCCAUCGUGUCACCCCACGACAAGGACGUCAACAACAAUGCGGAGAGACUGCCAUCCGACGUCAUGCAGCCCGAAUGGGUCCGGGGUGCCAUGGUGACCAGGGCCAACCAGAAUAUCAGGGGCCACAGCGCCGUGCGCCUGGAAGUGCUGGAUGGCCUGAUUGCGAUGCUGAACAAAGACAUUGUACCCCUGGUACCCCUUCGCGGAACCAUCAGUGCUUCGGGAGAUUUGAUGCCCAUGGGAUACAUUGCAGGAGCCCUCAUGGGGAAUCCGGAUGUCUUUGUUCAGGUCGGAAGAGGAAAGCAAGCCAGGGUUCUGCCGGCAUCGCAGGCACUUCAGGAGACGGGCCUGUACACAACAGGCUUGGGCCCCAAGGAAGGUUUGGCCCUGAUCAACGGUACUGCCCCUAGCUGCUCGCUUGCAAGCUUGGUCCUAUAUGACGCCCAGCAGCUUGCCUAUUUGAGUCAGGUCUGCACUGCGUUCGCGUCAGAGGCCAUGGCUGGGAAUGUAGAUUGGGCGGCGCCUUUCAUCCAUGCCAUCCGUCCACACCCGGGACAGAUCGAGGUAGCAGCCAACAUUCGCCGCGCCCUUCGUGGCUCGCAGCUCGUUGUCGGCCUAGAGGAGAGGAAACACUCGGGUAAUGGUCUGUGGCAGGACCGCUAUUCAACCAGGACAGCACCGCAGUGGAUUGGCCCUUACCUGGAGGACCUCCUCCUUGCCCAGCGACAGAUCGAAACCGAAUUAAACUCGACGAGUGACAACCCUCUCGUAGACGCUACCCCAAUGCCAGGGUGUCCACCUCCAUCAGGUGAGGUCUUUUCGGGCGGCAACUUCCAAGCCGUUGCGAUCACGUCGGCUAUGGACAAGACUCGUCUCGCUCUCCAGAUGAUCGGCCGCAUGCUGUUUUCCCAAGUGUCGGAGAUCAUCCACCCUUCCACGAACAACGGCUUGGAGGCGAAUCUCAACGCCAGCGACAAGGCGAACUUCACAUUCAAAGGCAUGGACAUCAACAUGUCGGCAUACAUGUCUGAGCUGGCCGCACUGGCGCACCCCGUCAGUGCGCAUGUCAUGAGCGCCGAAAUGCACAACCAGGGCAUCAACAGUCUGGCGUUUGUCAGUGCGAGGCGGACCAUGGAGGCGGUGAACAUUGUGAGGAUGAUGGCUGCGUGCCAUCUGUAUGUGUGCACGCAAGCUGUCGACCUACGAGCCUGCCACCUCCUGUUCUUUGACGAAGUCAGCAAGAAGCUUGCCAAUGCUGGCAUGGGCAUCAGCGAGGAUGGUCACAAGAAAAUCAUGGAAGCCAUUGAGUUGGCUUGGAAGGCAGCCAACGAGAGCCACUGGUGUGACAGGAUCAAGCCCACCAGCGACGCUCUGUGGAGUGUGCUGGCCAAACUGCUCGCUGGGGAAGGACAGAGCGGUUCAUUGUUGGCCAGCCUGGCGGACUGGCAUUCCAAGAUUGCCGCCAUCGUUGAGGAGACAGCCAAGGGGAUUUUCUAUCCCAACUUGGCGAUCACGACCAGACAUGUGGCUUCUCUCCUGGGUGACGGGACAGCCCCCAUCUACAACCAUAUCCGUGAGACCCUCGAGGUGCCUUUGCACUGUGGGCUGGACGAUGAUCCGUUGUAUUGCCACCGCCGUGGUCUUCCGUAUGAAAAGAAGAAGACGAUUGGGUCCUGGCUCGGAUUUGUUCAUGAAAGCCUUAAGGACGAACUGAUGGAUAUGGUCAUGAGGGGGCUAGACGGCGGUAUUGAUGUUAGGAGAAAUGGGGUGACUGUGGGUGCGGUGAACGGGGCGAAGGAGACGAACGGCACUAAUAGUCACUGA